AACUCAUCCCUAAGUUCUGAAACAUACAUCCCGAAUACCGAUCGGAGUCUCAAAAGUUCGAGCACGACGGGUCUUCAAAAUAUUGAACUACUAAAAUAAAAAUAUACGAUUUCCUCCCCCAGAAAGUACAGAAUUAGGCAAAUUAAAGCUCUAAAUUCUAGAACAGAGAGGGGAAUUAAAAAUCCCUCUUUUGUUCUUUCUUCUCUCUUUUGAAUUCAAUCCCUAAACUUAAAUCAGUGAAUCCCAGUGUCCAGGAGAUCACUAAUCCAUUCUUCUUCUUCAUAUUUGGAGUGAGGGUUUCUAAUUGGAAAGAUUGAGAAUUGGGGUUUUACAAUAUGAGUGCUGCUAUUCGCGAAUGGGAAUCUGAUCCUUUAUUCUCUGCAGCAGAAGUUGUACAGGAUUCCGCAGAUCGGAUGGAGUCGAUGUUUCGGAUACUGCUGCAUGAGCAAAGUCUUGAUCACGGAGAUGCUACAGACCCCAAACUCCUUAGUUCAAUGGACUAUCAUAGGCGGGAUGUUGUUACUGCAUUAGAAACAACCAAAUGGCAGCUGGAGGAUUUUGAACGGGCAGUCAAUCUAGCAGAAGUAUCAGAUAGUUAUCGUUCGAGGGAAGAUGCCAUUUCUAGACACAAGCAGUUUAUCAGAGCCAUUCAAGCACAUAUUUCUCAGGUGGAAAAGAGCUUAGGUGAUCAUCGAUCAGCAGGAGAUGUUGCCAUUAGCAAACAGUGGGGUAAUUUAGAUGAACAAGACAGGGAUGGAUUAGCUUUGUUUCUUUCAGGAGGAAAUACUAAUGACCACAUUAAGCCCUAUGACUCGGAAAACAGCAGUAUUAUGAGAAGGUUCCUUGAUUCAACCACAGCUUUUGAUGACAAUACUGAUGAAAUUAUUGAGCUUAAGAGUGAAGAAAAUGAAGAGUCAAAAGUGAAUGGAGUUAUGCAUACAGAUCGUGUGUUUGAUUCUGCAAAGGAAAAUAAUACAAGGAAAGUGGCUUCUAAUUAUCCCACACGUGCGGGUUAUGAAGUGUCUAUUGCAAUCCAUAAGUGUCUUGGGGAUGAAGUUGUUGGGGGUGCAAAUUGGGGUUUGGAAGGUUGUGAAUCUAAUGCUAAAAGCUUCUUUUCCAGAAACAAGCAAAGAGGAUCCAGCUGGCUCGAUAUUUUGGAGGUCUUCAAUAAAUAUUGGUCCAUAUAUGGGAGUAGGAUGACUAGGAGUUUUACAAAGAAGAGGAAAGAUGGAGAGUUGGAAGACGAAUUCAACCAGAGGCCUUCAUCCUCAUAUUCAUCAUAUGUUGACAUUUGCCAAGCUGAACAGGCUCAUGGAUUAUACUCAAAUGUCUUAACAAGUGCCAUGAGGGCGUGUAGCAAGCUUGGGAUUUCUAAUGGGAUGUGUAAAAGGUUGGAGUAUUUUAUCCAAGUCAACCGGCGUUCCAUAUGGUUAAUUUCAGUAGUAUGUGUCAUACUGAUCAUCUUAGGUAUCCUGGCCUUCCGAAUAUUCUGAGAUAAUGGACCAGUGCGAGUUGCGAGUCAGAUCGUGUGCAGGUAUCCUCCCAGUCUCUGCGAUGUUCCUCUACGCAGGUUGCUUCUCUCUGUGUAGGGAUCAGCGCUUUUUUGGGCAUGGGAAACAAUCGCAUGUGGUAACUGAUUAUGAAGCACAUCUGCACAUGCAUGGUGGAAUUGUUUGGCAAGUUCUCAUUUGUUCAUAAAUAUUUGAUUGUCAAUGAUCGAUUCGCUAUAAAAUUAUUUUCUAUGAACAAGAAAAGGGUCAAGAUCACACGUCUUCUCUGAAACUGAUGGAGACACAUCCCCAGUCAGUUAGAAAAUCAUUCUUUUGCAAUUGUUUGUCUAUAUUUAGGAUCUGAAAGAGGGGCAUAGUGUGUUUUGCCAUGCUUUCAACCCAGUUAUUUUCCUUUCCUUGUCUGAUCCGAAGCUGUAGUAUCUGGAUAUGAUUAUUCCACAUUGUUCAUGUGCUAUGGAUAUGUUUUGUUAAA